GGCUCUGUGCUGGAGCAGGGAGCAGUGAGGUCGCUUGGGGACAGGGCUGCGGUGGCCGAGGCGCAGCUCCUCCCGGCUGCACUGAGACCCUGCACUCUGCUUCGCCCUUUCCUCGCUGCGAUUGCAGUCGGGAGGGAAGCAAGAAAAUAAGGGGAGGAGAUGAUUUUUGAAGGGUUUGGUGGCAAUGCUUUGCCGCCUCCCAGCUGGGAUUUGGGGCGCGGGGGCUGUUCCCAAUGCAAACCCAAGCACGGAUUUUUCCGAACUGGGAGAAUCGGAUGCGGGAAGGAGGGGCUGUGGAGAUGGAUGCACUUUCCUUGUUUUCUUUUGGGGACGGACUCGUCCAGCAGCCAAAUGGAAAAAGACAGUCAGAGCACGCAUUGCUCACCGGGCCUCGCGCCAGCAGCCGGGCUGCCCAGAACUGGGGCAAACUGGGGGGAGUUCCCUCGCACCGGGGGGAGCCCCGCUGUGCCCGCCCCAUGCCCACACCACAUGGCAGCCCGGGUGCUGGGAGGUGCUUGGCAUCUGGGUGAGGUGUGGGGUGGCCCCCACGGCUCCAUUGCACCCUGGCAGGAUUUAUGGGGACGGGGAGUGAUGUUUGUGCCCCCCUUGGCAUCGCAGUGGCAUCGGGGUCCCUGUCCCUGUGGUGGCCAUGUGCCGUGUCCCUGCCCUCUGGGUGCUGGCUGGAUGGGGACGUGGCACAGCGUGGCACAAGUGGCCAGAGGAUGAGUUCCACCCCUUCAUCGAGGCGCUGCUCCCCCACGUGCGGGCCUUCGCCUACACCUGGUUCAACCUGCAGGCCCGCAAGCGCAAGUACUUCAAGAAGCACGAGAAGAGGAUGACGAAGGACGAGGAGCGGGCGGUGAAGGACGAGCUGCUGAGCGAGAAGCCCGAGGUGAAGCAGAAAUGGGCCUCGCGCCUCCUGGCCAAGCUGCGCAAAGACAUCCGGCCCGAGUGCCGCGAGGACUUCGUGCUCUCCAUCACCGGCAAGAAGCCGUCGUGCUGCGUCCUCUCCAACCCCGACCAGAAGGGCAAAAUGCGCCGCAUCGACUGCCUGCGGCAGGCUGACAAGGUGUGGAGGCUCGACCUGGUCAUGGUCAUCCUCUUCAAAGGGAUCCCCCUGGAGAGCACCGACGGCGAGCGGCUGGUCAAGGCGGGCCAGUGCACCAACCCCAUCCUCUGCAUCCAGCCCCACCACAUCAGCGUCUCCGUCAAGGAGCUCGACCUCUACUUGGCCUAUUUCGUCCGCGAGAGAGACUCCGAGCAGAGCAGCAGUCCCCGGACGGGCAUCGCCUCGGACCAGGAGGACACCAAGCCCAACACGCUGGACUCCACAGACUUCCAGGAAAGCUUCGUCACCUCGGGGGUGUUCAGUGUCACCGAGCUCAUCCAGGUGUCCCGAACGCCGGUGGUGACGGGCACGGGCCCAAAUUUCUCCCUGGGGGAGCUGCAGGGCCACCUGGCCUACGACCUGAACCCCUCCAGCACGGGCAUGAGGAGGACGUUGCCCAGCACCUCCUCCAGCGGGUGGGUGCCGCCGGGCGACGCGGGGGCGAUGCCGGGACCGGUCCAGGCACGGCUGUGUGGGAUGGCAUGGGCACGUCGGGUCCUGCCGUGUGCUGCCAGGCUGCCUGCACUGCGGGGUGGGUGGGGGAAGCUGGGGGAGUGGGCUGCUGCACUGCUGCUGUGGUACCGUGCAUCCAUUUGGGUACCCCGGCACGGUUCGGGUACCCCGGCACAUUUUGGGUACCCCGAUACGGUCUUGGCAACGUGGUUCUGAAACCUGGCGCAGCUU